AUGCUGGACACCGAAGAAUCAUGCCGAAAUUAUAUCAAAGAUCAAAUCCCCUCUACAAUAGCUCAACAGAUCCGAAAAGAUCAAGAGUUGUGCCAUACACAAGGACUUCCCAGCCCAUUGGUCUUCUACCUUCCCCAUGUUAAAUCCCCCUUGGGGGAGCAAAUCUCGAAGGAGCUGUAUCCUACAAAUGCUCCAGCCCGAUACUCAUAUUCAAUCGGAGCGGCUUUGUAUACUGGCAUAAUACAGGGAAUUCAAGCCUAUUUACAUCAAAUGUCUCCUCAGCCCAGACACGAAAGUCUUCCAAAUGCUAUAGAAGAGGUCACUGAGAGUCCACCCUCAAUAGAAGAUAUUGAAACAGCACUAAGAGUGCUUGACUUUUGUGUCAAAAGUCCGGAUAACAUUCGUCUUAAUGGAAAAACACCGUUCAAAGACGUGAUGCAAGCCUUGAACCAGCGUUUAGGAAGCCCAUUUCCGAUCGAAAACAAAGAUGUAACGAAAGGAAGAAGGAAAGAACGAAAAUGUUACAUUUGCCAAUAUCUAAUCACGAGUCCCCAUCCUCAGUAUCCGGCCCUUUGCAAACCGUGCGGAAGUUUCAAUCUUGCAUCAAGCGAUCUUUCACUGCCUGAUGCUCUUAACCUAGAGGGAAAGACGGCUUUGGUGACAGGAGGACGGAUCAACUUGGGGUUUCAUACCGCAUUACGACUGCUUAGAUGCGGUGCUCAAGUAAUGGUAUCGUCCAGAUAUCCACGAGAUGCAGCGGUGAGAUAUUUAGCUGAAGGUGACUCCGGAAAAUGGGAGAAGCGAUUGAGGAUCAUUGGAGCCGAUUUUAGAGCAGCGAACGAUGUUUUUCAUUUGGUCGCUGGGAUUAAGCAGGUAUUGGUAAACUGGGAUAUGGAGAAUACCGGGAAGCUCGAUAUUCUUAUAAACAAUGCGGCGCAAACCUGGACAGAUUCAGUGAAACAAGAAAGACAAGCUAUUGAACUGGAACAUCGGCUGCAACUUGAGGACAACAACUUCGAUAAUCUACUCCUUACCACCAAUUACAACCCUCGUGUUAGAGGUGGCGUCCAGAGCUUGAAUCUUUUGGCUUUUGAUACAGAACAAAAACGUUUGAACGAGACAUUUUCCGAAGAGCCCGGGAUAAUCGGACGAACAGAAAACAUUUCAUCAAUCUCAACGAUGGAGAAAGAACCUAAGACUUCUUGGGUCCAAAACUUAUACGAGAUACCCUACGAAGACGUCAUCUCCGCCCACUCAGUGAACACCUUCGUCCCACUAAUCCUCAUCCGCGAACUUCUUCCCCUCAUGGGCAACUCCCAUCUUCACACAACCACCAAUAAUCAGCCCACAAAGCCCCUGGCCCACAUAAUCAACGUGUCAGCCCGCGAAGGAAUCUUCGAAUCCGCCCCAACCAACCGCCACAAAAACGGCUACCACGUCCACACGAAUCUUACUAAAGCCGCUCUUAACAUGCUUACGGAAACCGAAGCAGCAGCAGCUUGGCGAGAUCGAAAAGUAGCGAUGAAUAGUGUGGAUCCAGGUUAUUUGAGCGCGGCGAAAGAGGUGAUUGAGAAUAGAGAGGGGAGAGGUGAGUGGGAGGGAUGUCCGAUUGGAUGGGAGGAUGGAGCUGCGAGGGUCUUGUGGAGUGUGGCUGUGGGGGAGAGUGGGAAGGGAGCUGUGUGGGGGAGGUUCUUGAAGGAUUUUGGGAGAGGAGAGGGGGAGGAGAGAAUUGCGAGACAGAUGGGAGGAUAUUGUUGA